AACGGAUCCGGAUUCCGGCCCAGGACCCGCACAGAACCACAAACCAAAGAAUAUUAAACCAGUUUCCUCGGCAAGCAGCUUGGCCAAAUCCACCGCUUCUAGAAACUCCCGAAACCAGAAUUCUUACUCGUCCAGCGAGCUCCAAGCCAGCAUUUCCGUCGAAGGUAGGAGAAAAAGAAAAACGAUAAUGGCUUUGCAGUGGAUGAUCCUGGCUUACGUGGUGGCAGCGGAGGUGGUCCUCGUCUCGCUGUUGACGAUCCCGGCGCCAAAGCUACUCAAGAACCAGCUGGUCUCUCUCGUCUCAUUAAUCCUCCAGCCGGCGAUGUUCAUCGUCCCAUUUGCCGGAUUUCAGCUCCUCGAUAUUUACUGGAAGAAUGAGCAUCGGUUGGUAUGCACGUCGGAGAUUUGCACCGCCACUGAGCGGGAUCGUUACGAGAAAACUGUAUGCCAUUCUUUCUCUUCCCGUUUUAAUUCGUAAAAUUGACUGAUUGAUUGAUUGCUUUUUUGUUUGCUUUGUGGAGGCCUUUUGCCUCUAGCAUAGAGGAAUUUCGAUAGAUAAUUAGGACGGGAGCGAUUAGAAUGAUGCUGUAAAGCUUUUAGAUGUCGAGGGAAUUUGGAUGUAGAACUGGAGAGGUAAGGAUUACUUGUGCUGAUGUUGAACUUGGUCAUAGUAAGGAACGGAGCCCUUAAUUCCCAAGGCCGAGGGUAUGAGUAGAUGUGCAAACUGAUGGACUCAUUAGCCCAUCCCAUCCGUCACUGAGGCGCUCGAACUCCCGUUGAUAAUAGCGGGGAGUUCCGAUUUGUCGGAUUUGAGUCAGAGCUAGCAGUUAGCUAGUAUCUGUAGGAAGCGUAGGAUUGAACUGGUGUUGCUUGAGAAUGUCGAAUACCUGGCGGAGAUGAUCUAUAUGGGAAUCCCGAUCCUUGCUGUAGAUGAGGAUAUCAUCGAAGAAAACGAUCGCAUGGAUGGGAUGGGCUAAUGAGCCCAUCACAAACACUAGAUUGGAGUUGGCAACUCAGCUCUUUGUGGUUUCAUGUUGCGUCCGUUGUAUGUUGAUUGUUGUCAAUAGGCUGGUGGCAGAAAUCAGCAGAGUUGUGGUAUUGAUGUAAGAAGGGAAAAGAAAACUUAGGUUGUAGGGUAUAUGUUCUAAGAGCCUCUCUCGCACAAAAGGAUAGUUUUACUGUGUACAUUAGAGCAUACACUGGAGCGUUUUGGAUGAUUGUGGACAAUUAGUAGCUCGUCAACCUCGUAAGACUGUUGUUGUCAACUAGAUUCAACCUUGCUCCAAAAUCCCAUGGUCUUGGGUGAGCAUUACAACUACAAGUCACUCAGAUCAGUAGAUUUACUAUCUGGUUGCUGAACAAGAAUAACUAGUGAGUUACGUAGUCUAUUAUGAACAUGAUAACCCUUGGAUAGAGGCUUUCAUGUCUCCCUGUGCACUGAAUACGUCUUGAUGACGGCGUUGAGGAAUCUUUAUUCGCUACUGAGGCUGUUCUAGUUCUGCAGUCAUAUCUAGGAUUUGACAGAGCUUAAAGCAUAAAGUAACUGAAGGUGGCAGAUUAGGCAGUGGUUAUCCAGCAGUUUUUCUUGUAAAUAUCUUCUACAUUUCGGCGUCAUCUGGUGAGCCUUAUCUGAUAUUGGGAGAGUCUGAAAUUGGUGUAACUAUUGAGCAUUAUACAGUUGGUGCUCCCUGCAGUUCUUAAAUUAAAAAACUUUGUAUCUAGUCUCUCAUAUGAAUUGGCCUCAGUUGACUCCCGACUCAAUUAAGCUGUGAUAAUAUGCUUACUUUGAAUUCUAAUUCUUAUCAUUAAUGUCUCCUCUCUCUUUGGAUUAUUGUUCUGGACUUUUUUGUCAUGUUGAUGAUGAUAAGACCAUCGUUGUUUUGUUAUUAUGCCGUGCAGAUGUACAAAUCUCAGAGGAAUGUAGUUCUUUGUGCUGCAGCUUGCAUGUUGUACUGGUGUCUUUAUCGUAUAUGCAAGUACCACAAGGAGAUCCAGAGGUUGGAGGAAGUGGAGAAGAGGGCCAAGGAGGAGUAGAGUUUUGCCAUGUUUUUUACUGCCAUUUGUAUCGAACAGAAUCUCCUUUGAUUAAUUAUCUGUAGUUGUAAUAGUAUCUAAGAAGCGGUUAUUUUUCACACUUGUUAUGGACAUAUAUGAGAUUAUUAGAUACAAAGACCCACUUUCUAUCUAUUGUACUGGAUUUUGCCCUUGUUGUUGUGUGUGGGUGAGUUCGCCCUUUUCCCCCAGGCCUGACUCCAAUGAUAAAAGCACUUGGAAUGGUUAUAUCGUUCACCAAUGACUAGAUGAAUUCGCAAUAAUAAGAUAUGUUACGAUGUAUCGUAUCAUUGUUCUGGAUUUUUCGUUUUAUUAUUUCAUUCGCG